AUGCCGCAACUACUCCAGCGACUGGGAGCGGCAUUGAAGCGGCUUCCAGAUCUCACUCGAGCUAUGCUCGAUCGAGAGCGUAACGAGAGCAUUCAUGCUCCGCAAGCUCUGGGGCGGAUGAUCAAGGAUCCAAAGAGUACCCCGGAGACCAUCAUGAAGACACUGGUUCGGCUCUCUGAACAGGAAAUGGAACGAAGCGAUGAGUCAGAUCCAACCCCAUCCGGACGGACCAGCACAACGUAUCUGACGGAGGAAGAAAUUGCAGGAAACCUCUUUAUCUUCACUGCCGCUGGAUUUGAUACAUCUGCCAACACAUUGUGCUAUGCGAUCGCUCUCCUCGCAGCAAACCCAGAGUGGCAAACCUGGAUCCAAAUAGGAAUCGAUACAGUACUUGGAGAAGACAAUCUGUUGUUAUCAGACUACGAGAUGGUGUUUCCGGAAUUAAUACGGUGCUUGGCUGUCAUGGUAGUGACCCGUGGUUAG